AUGAGUUGCCGCCUGCAGAGCUCCUCUGCCAGCUAUGGAGGUGGUUUCGGGGGUGGCUCUUGCCAGCUGGGAGGGGGCCGCAGCGUCUCCACCUGCUCAACCCGUUUUGUCUCUGGAGGAUCAGCUGGGGGCUACGGGGGUGGUGUGAGCUGUGGCUUUGUUGGAGGGGCUGGUAGUGGCUUUGUUGGAGGGGCUGGUAGUGGCUUUGGAAGUGUCUUUGGAGGUGGCUUUGGUGGCGGUUUUGGCAGUGGCUUUGGUGACUUUGGUGGUGGUGAUGGCGGCCUCCUUUCCGGCAAUGAGAAGUUCACCAUGCAGAACCUCAAUGACCGCCUGGCCUCCUACCUGGAGAAGGUGCGUGCCCUGGAGGAGGCCAAUGCCGACCUGGAGGUGAAGAUCCGUGAAUGGCACUUGAAGCAGAGCCCAACCAGCCCGGAGCAUGACUACAGCAACUACUACAAGACCAUCGAGGAGCUCCGGGGCAAGAUCCUAGUAGCCACUACCGACAACAAUCGGGUCAUCCUGGAGAUUGACAAUGCCCGGCUGGCCGCAGACGACUUCAGGCUCAAGCAUGAGAAUGAGCUGGCCUUGCGCCAGAGCGUGGAGGCUGACAUCAACGGCCUGCGCAGGGUGCUGGAUGAGCUGACCCUGGUCAAGACAGACUUGGAGAUGCAGAUUGAGAGCCUGAACGAGGAGCUGGUAUACAUGAAGAAGAACCACGAGGAGGAGAUGAAGGAGUUCAGCAACCAGGUGGCAGGCCAGGUCACCGUGGAGAUGGAUGCCACUCCAGGCAUUGACCUGACCCGCGUGCUGGCCGAGAUGAGGGAGCAGUACGAGGCCAUGGCAGAGAAGAACCGCCGGGAUGCCGAGGAAUGGUUCAACAACAAGAGUGCAGAGCUGAGCAAGGAGGUGACAUCCAGCGUCACCAUGAUCCAGACCAGCAAGACGGAGAUCACAGAGCUCAGGCGCACUCUCCAGGGCCUGGAGAUAGAGCUGCAGUCCCAGCUUAGCAUGAAAGCCGGGCUUGAGAGCACUGUGGCGGAGACAGAGUGCCGCUACGCCCUGCAGCUGCAGCAGAUCCAGGGGCUCAUCAGCAGCAUCGAGCAGCAGCUGAGUGACCUCCGCAGUGAGAUGGAGUGCCAGAACCAGGAAUACAAUGUGCUGCUGGACAUCAAGACACGCCUGGAGCAGGAGAUCGCCACCUACCGCAGCCUGCUCGAGGGCCAGGACGCCAAGUAG